GUUCCAUGACUAAGGUCCCAGGAAUCAAAACGCCGGUAGUAGAAUCCCUGGCAUUCCAGUAUUUAUUAGCUUGUCGAGCAGAGAGGGAGGUGACACUCCUGUACCGAACUGAGUAGCGGCGCCACCACCACCGAAGCUCAGGAGCCGAGUGCUGAGCAGAGACGACAUUUCUGAUUCCUCCCAGCGUCUACGGAAGCCAAGAUGAUGAAAAAGUCCCAGGAGGCCAUUGGGACGGCCACUGGCCAAGAUCCAGCUGUUGACGGUUUUGAUGGUAGCGAAGUGGGCAUCAAGAAGAGGUCCAGGGUGCCCGGGGUGAUGAUCACACAGUACGUGGAGACGAUACCAGAGGGACAGAACCACCCUGACUUCACCCGCAAGCCCAUCGCACUGACCAUCCAGGAAGGUAAAUUUGCAUUCUUCAAGGCCAUCGUCAACGGCGAGCCCAAGCCCACGGUGACGUGGAGCAGAAAUAACGGCGACGUGUCGGACCCCGCGAGGUACCAGACUAAAUACGACCCCGUCACCGAUGAGCACACGUUUGAGAUGGUCAACGUCUCGCCCGAUCAAGCAGACACUUACAAAUGCUUCGCCGUUAACGAACAUGGGAGAGCAGUGGUAACGGUGGUGCUGAACAUAAUCGAAGUCGGCUUCAACAAGAACAAAGCCAAACCAGCUGGGGCCGCACCUGUAGAAAACUUUUCUACUGUGCUUAAAAGGAAAAGUAAGGUUCGGCCGAAAAAGGAGGCAGUGGAGAGGAAAGAAGGAGAGAUAGACCCCAAGUUCUGGGAGCUUCUGUUGAGCGCGGAUAAGAAGGACUAUGAGGGCAUCUGCACAGAGUUUGGAAUCACAGACUUCCGCUGGAUGCUGAAGAAGCUCAACGAGAUGAAGAAGGAGAGAAAGGAGGAACAGGCAGAGUUUGUUAAAAGCAUCAGCAAUCUGAAGCCUAUUGAAGUGGCCGGGGACGGAACAGCGUCUCUUGAAAUCGAUCUGGAUCUCAUCGAACCCAGCAGCCGGAUAUUCCUCUACAAGGACGGUCAGAUGGUUCCCUACACCAAGGAGCUGGGAGACAAGAUGAAGCACACUCUGAAUCUGACGGGUAAGAAGUACAUCUUCAGCAUCAAGGACCUCAUGCCGGACGACGCCGGGCUGUACCAGAUCGAUGUGGAGGGAGUCAACGUCUUCUCCACCGAGUUUAAAAUCCCACCGAUCGAGUUCUUGGUGAAAAUACAGGAAGUGACCGCGACCGAGCGGCAGGACGCCGUGUUCGAGGCCGUCCUGUCCAACCCCUUCUCCAAGAUCCUGUGGUUCGGUAAAAACCAGCCGCUGGAGAUGGGCGAUAAGUACGACAUCGAGGUGUCGGAGGACAAGCUGAUCCACCGCCUGGUGGUGAAGGACUGUAUGGUGGUGGACAAGGGCAUCUACUCCGCCUGGGCCGGCAUCAAGUCCUGCAACGCCUGGCUCCUCGUCGAACCUGACAAAGACGCGAAGAAGGGCAAGCCGGCGGAGAGGAAGACCACCCGGGCCGGGGGCUCGGGGGCGAACCUGGCCCAGAUCGCCCAGCAGCAGCAGGAGAAGCUGGUCAAAGUCAGGGAGGAGAUCACCGAGAUAAAGGCCGCCAAGGUAAAGGAGGCCGUGGAGGCUGCCGUCACCGCGGCCGCCGAACCUCCACCUGUGGAAGCUGUUCCAGGCUUCACAGACGGGCGAGCUGGUGGGGAAAUGCUUGAGCAAGGCAUUACUCAUUCAGGUACCAGUAAGGCUGUUACUGUCGAGACUGGGAUAAAGAGUGGACUUGGAGAUAUUUAUGCCCUCCGUGACAAGCAGACAGAAUUUAUCGUUAACACGCUUACGGUGUGUGACGGAACCUGGUUCAAAGAUGGAGAGCAGUUGACUGCCAAAUCUAGAGGAUACCGCAUCAGCCAAGACGGACUCUGUCAUAAACUGACAGUCCUGAAGUGCGGAGACGACGACACCGCGAUGUACAGCUUCGUCGCGGGAGAGCACAGCACGAAGGGAAAGCUCACCGUCGGAGACGUGCCUGUGUUUGACCCCGACGAUCUCCAUAAGUUCUCCAGGCCUGUCAUCAUCCGCGUGGGGCAGAACGCCGCCUUCAAGAUGCCCUACCCGCCCCAGGAUGGCCUGGUGGUUAGGUGGUUUAAGGACGGCGUGGAGUUGAAGGACGGAGCCGGGUCCAAGAUCAUGAAGGAGUCCAACCACAGCCGCCUGUUGCUCAGAGACUGCCUGAGGAGCGACACCAGCGGCAUCACCAUCCAACUGCAGAACCCCUUCGGGGCCGUGGAGGCCAAAUCCAACCUGAUUGUUUUAGACCGGCCCGGCCCCCCGGACGGCCCGGUGGAACUGGUGGAGACCACUUCGUCUCUGAUCGAGAUCGCCUGGAAGCCGCCCACCGACGACGGCGGCUCGGCCGUCACCAACUACAUCAUCGAGCGGCAGCAGGCGGGCCAGGGCCCGUGGGCCGUGCAAGGGGACGUCUCCGCCGACAAGACGGCCUACCGGGACCGCAACGUGGCCCACGGCAAGAGAUACAACUACAGGAUCUUCGCCCAGAACCCUCAGGGGCAGAGCGACGCCCUGGAGACCACAGACAGCAUCAUGGCCGGCGUGCUGAUCUUAUCAGGGCCCCCGGGGGCCCCCACCGUGGUCAGUGCCUCCAAGACCUGCAUCACCCUGACCUGGACGCCCCCGGAGAACGACCGGGGGGUGCCAAUCAUCGGCUACCAGCUGGAGAAACGCAAGAAGGACACGCACUCGUGGGUCGUCCUGAACCCCCUUAACGAGCCUAUCGAAGCUCUUAGCUACGCGGUUAAGGAUGUCACGGAGGGGGCCGAGUACGAGUUCAGAGUGGCAGCCAUUAAUGAGUCCGGGGCCGGAGAUCCGAGCCCCCCUUCUGCGAUGGUGUGUGCCAAGAAUCCCAAUAUGAGGCCUCGCUUUAAAGACCCUGAGGACUUCAUCGUGGUCCGAGCCGGGAAUUCUGUGCGAGUGAAAGUCAAUUACGAGGGUGAACCUCCUCCGGAGAUCACCUGGCUGAGGGACAACGAGAAGAUUUCUCCCUGGGUUAACGUCGUCAACACCGAGGGAACGUCCACGCUGGUGAUUCCCUCGUCGAAACGCAGCGACUCGGCCAUCUACACCAUCAUAGCCAAGAACUCAGUGGGGGAUGCUAUGUUUGACGUGGAGGUCAGAGUCACAGACCAGCCCAAGAGCCCGGGGCCGGUGGCCAUCGAGCAGACCGUCCAGGGCCGGGUGCUCCUCUCCUGGAGCCCGUCCCCUGACGAGGAGCUGGACGACCGGCUGUACUACGUGGUGGCCGAGCACGAGUCCGGCACCAGGGUGUGGAAGAACAUCGCGGACCGCCUCUUCAGCCACGCGUACACCGCCGUCAACAUUCAGCCCGGGAGAGAGUACCACUUCCGGGUCUUUGCCAAGAACGACAUGGGCCUGUCGGACCCGUCGGAUUCGCCAACGUGGGGCGUGAACGGAGACAGAGUUCCCCUGGCGCCCAACGGCUGCGGCUCCAUGGAGGUGAACUUCGAGAGGCCUCCGUCCAUCCUGGUCCCCCUGAAGGUCCACUGCCCGCCGAAGGGCUACCAGCUCUACAUGACGUGCGCCGUGCGGGGCCGCCCCACGCCCUCCGUCGCCUGGUUCCUCAACGACGUGUGCAUCAACUCGGACGACCACUACUACAUCACCAACGCGUUCGGCGUGUGCUCCCUGUACAUCCUGAGGGUGGGGUCCCAGGACGGAGGGGAGUAUAAGAUCGUGGCAGAAAACCCCCUCGGCCACGCGCAGUGCACCACCAAACUGGUGGUUAAAGAAUGAACCUUCGACUGAACCUGGGGGUGGCAGAUAAUUUUGUUUUCAUUC